AUGGACAUAUUGCGAUUCACAUUUGGUAAUUUAGAUGAUGUAUUCCGUAUAUGGCUUUCAAUGAAGAUGUCCACUAUUUUUAUACCAUUUUGGGGUGUUCUAUUGUGGAUGGCUUAUAGACCAAAGGUUGGCAAGAAAAUCUGUCCAACGGAUUGGAUUUUCUUUAUUGCGUAUAUCAUUUAUCAGGUGGUGUUUUUCAUGACGUCAUUUCGCUUUACAAUAAUUUGUGACUUGCCACCGGCUAGUACAGCAAUCGUCACAGGUGAACAAGUUCGAUUAGUUAUGAAAUCACAUGCAUUCGUACGCUAUGCAAUUGGUAGAAUAUUUGAAGAAGGUCAAGAUGAAUCAACACCACCAUCACCAACGACCACUGUAACAGCAGGAAUCAACAAUCAUCAUUAUGUAAACCAAUCAAAUUCAUGUGUUAUAGAAAUGGAGGAAUUUCCUAAUUUCUCACGUUAUCUUUAUUUUUUGCUAGCCCCAACUUUAGUUUAUCGUGAAAAAUAUCCACGUACUCGUAGUAUACGAUGGUAUUUUGUUUUUUCCAAUUUCUUACAAGGUAGUGGACGUGGUUGGAAUGUAGUUAUUUGGAUAUUAUUAUUUAUUGGUUGGGGUCAAAUGAUUUGUUUAUAUUCAAUGGAAUGGUAUGCACGAAAAAACUGUCCACCAGUUAUGGAUGGUUAUCUGAAUUUCUUUAUGCCACAUAUUAUAUUAUGUCCUAGUACUAACCAUACUGGGCAUGUUUGA